AGCUAUAAUUAUGAUUUGGAGUUGGAGUGCAGUUUUGUUUUCGUUGACUGUGUUAUCUUCAGCGCAGUCUGGAGGUGAAAAUGCUGUUCAUCAUCGGUCAAAACGUUACUUCUUUAUCAACCCCGACUCUCCCAUCACACUAGGUUUCCUGUUGAACAUGCCCAUUUCCCUGGCCCUGCCCACCCUAGUGGACACCACCCCGCGGUCGCUGGACGAAUACGACUCAGAAGAACGCCUGCCGGGCUUCGAGUAUCCUGAGGACCUUUACUUUGAGCCUUCCUAUGAACAGGAACUCGGGAGGCUACAAGUUUACUUCACUUACCUUAAAGUGCCGAUGGUGGUGUGUCAGGAGAGGCUGGUGUGCGAGGUUGCGGCCGAGCCUGACGCCUUCUCUCCUCUCUCAACUCUUCUCUUGAAGGAACUAAGACAAACGCACGGCCCCGUAAAGCCGUCGCACGAGUCGCUGCUGUGGCGGUUCAUGGCCGCGUCAGCUACGGGGUAUGCUUACGGCGCCGAGGCCUGCGUUGAAUAUUACGGGGAAUGCGAGAUGCCCGCGCGACACUUUAUCAACAUGCCUGUUUUGAAAGUGUGGCAGUACAUAUCUAAUAUGUUGAACGUUAAAUUACUUUGA